AUGCUGCUCAUCCGCCUCAACGCUGCGGCAGGCCCAUCGCGCAUGGCGUUCCCGCGCACCUUUCACGCCGCUGCCAGCGUGACGCGCUCGCUGCACGCGUCCUCGCAUCCCAGCGUGUUGGCACCCUCCCGCACCCUUGCUGCUCACACUGCCACUCGAGGCCUGUGGUCUCGAGCGGUAUCGUUCAGCCCGAGGGCGCCCAACACCCAUAUGAGCGAGGAAAAGUGGCCUUGGUACAGCGUCGAGCCCCCCCUCCACAAGGGCAAGGUCGAGCUCGAGCGCGUCAUCUACGCGCGCCCCCGUGAAGGAAGCGGCCAGAUGCUGUGGGGAUCCAUGAUCCUCAUCGGUGCCUCUGUCGUUGUCUACUUUACCAUGCCUAGCAUCGACAAUAUACGCAAGAUUGCCGGCAAGGAGGAUGAGCCCGCGGUGCCAAACUCUUUGAUUUGGGCCUUCUUAACCAACGGCUUUAUUUACGUCGUAUCGCGCCUCUCCCUCGUCCGCUCAUACACUGCCUCUGAUCCGACCCGGUCCCAGUACUUCCUUCGCAUGAACACCGUGUUGAAGGACAGUCUCGGACCACUCGGCAAGCCCCGUGAACUUUCCCUCGACGAGGUCAAGAUCAACCUCAUUCUCGACCCACCUACCCGAAAGGGCGAGCGUGCUCGUAGCACUUGGCUCAAGAUGUCCAUCGGCAACAAGGAGCAGCGCUUGUCGACCCGCCGCCUGGACUUUAGCCCCCAGAAGGUCACCGACGACACCAAGGAGUUUGUCCUCUCGGUUCAGCGCGUGGAGGACGUUUUCGGCCACCUUAAGCCCACCUGGGGCGAAGUGGACGUUGUGCCUGGCGCCCAUCAGACGAAGAAGCGUUCGAAGAAGUAG